CCAGGGCGCAACGUGACUGCAUCCCACCUUUGCCCUCCUCCCCUCCCACUCCCCUCAGUCACCCUCGCAUAGCUUCCCUACGUCCCUACUUUCCCUACACAACCAAAACUGGCCCGGGGAAAAACUUACCGAUGACUGCUGUGUGGAGCCCGCGAUGACUACAUUGCGAUUUUUUUUUUUUUGCGAGGUAGGCUGUGCGAGUUCUGGGACUUUGCACCUCAACUUGUUUGGGAUCGAGCAGAUGCAUGUCCUGUCCAGAUCAUUCAGUGCACGUUCCACCUCCCAAGACCGAUUUCCAUAGUAUGCCGAGCUCUGCAAGUGGCUUUUUGGUGUAUAUAAUGCUCGUGGUUUCGCCGCCAUUGUGCUCACCUCGUUCUUCGCCGCACACCAAUCUACAUUCGCUACAUUCGAAAAGCAUUUAACUUCUACUCCCUCAAAUACAUUCGAUUCACUCAUUCAUCGUCCUUCUAUACAGCUUCUACUACCACUUUUACUCUUUCUAAUUCCCUUUCCUUCAGGAAUCGCAUACACCAGGCGAUACUUGGAGCAGAUAUUCAAUUGCAGUCGCUCACACUCAGUGAUUCUUUACCUACCUCUACCUAAUUUUUACCUUCUUUAAACUUCAAGCACUUUUUUUUAAAAAAAACACCCUUCAAUAUGUGCAUGAGAGUUGUCGAACGCUAUGCUGUGUGCAAGUGCGUCUACUACACCCAUGGUAUCGAUCAGUGCUCCGCAUAUGGUCGCCGCGGCCACUCCGUUCAGGACAAGACCGUCCUUGUCGGUCAUACCUGCCCCGAUCAUUCGGGCGCCAAUUGGGCCACUGGCCCCGCUCCCAACUAUGGAGGUUUCCCGGGAAGCAGCAGUACCGGCGGUUUUGGCGGUUCGGGAGAAUCCGGCCGCUACAACGUUCACUGGCGGUAAACCCGCAUUCAAUUCGACAAGUUAUCCGGCGGUCCGGCUGGGAAGGAUCUCCUCAACUGAAUUUUCUUGAAUUGGCAUUUGGGGAUACGGAAGGUGGAGGGGGUGGGAUGGUAGAGGAAUGGGCUGGGGGAGGGUAAUGGAAGUGAACGGAGAACAUGAGCACCAUACCGGUAUAAAGAGAGGAGAGAACGCGGGGGGACAUUGACGAGCCGAAGAUCCGAAUUCCGACAUGGUUUUUUUAUUUUUCACGCAUCAGUCGAAAUCCGUGGAAAUAUCUUAUUGCGGUUUCGAUUUGUUCGAGCGGUUUACGAUUCACGCGGGACGCGGAAAACUUGUUUCUUCAUAGCGUGGGAAUGUUUUACGCAAACGUUUACGAGGCAUUUUUCGAUACACGAUUGAAUGGGAAAUGACAUGGGUUUCUUGGUUUUCCUUGUUAUCAUUUUAUUUUUAUUUUUAUUUUCACCCUCUAAUGGAUACUAGUAGGGCAAAAAUUGGAGCUGUCGGAGUCUUUGGUUGGGGAGUUUUUCUUCUUUCAUUCUUUCUGGUUGAUCGCUACUUUGCAUCUCUCCUUUGUCUUCUUUUCAUAACUUUGUUAUACCACAGGACUUUUUUUUUAUUUUUUUUUUAUUUUUUUCACUUUAAGGUGUUAGUGCGUUAGUCAGGGAUUAUUUUAUUUAUGCCUACCUCACGGUUCGGGGGGGGGUCUCAUUUUUAUUUGUGGAAACCGAGUGAACUGCCUCCUCCCAAGCAUUCUUUUUGCGGAAAAAAAGGGCUGUGAUUAUCUAUCAUAUUAUUAUUAUCCCGAACCGUAGCCGUCACGGGCAGAGGAACGGGU